AUGCAGGGCCUCGUGGCUGCCACCGCGGCUCGGAACCUGAGUCGGCUUCGGUCGACUGCCGCCCUGCGCAGCAGCUGGGUGUGCCCGUCGUGCAGCCAUGGCAGAGUUGCAUCAACGCGCUACGCCCAGAGCUUCGGGCAGAGCUCCAGGAGGAGCUUCAGAAGCUCGGCCGUGAGAGGCAUUGCGGACAAGCCAUACUACAUAACGACGCCCAUCUUCUACGUGAAUGCCUCUCCCCAUGUCGGCCAUCUCUUCACCAUGGUCCUCGCCGACGUUCUCAAGCGCUGGGAGGUCUUGAAGGGCGAGCGGCCAGCGUACCUGUGUACCGGCACCGAUGAACACGGAAUGAAGGUGCAGCAGGCGGCAGAUCUGCAGGACGUCCCUCCGAAGACCCUUUGCGACAGCAACGCCGAGAUCUUCAAAGAUCUAGCCAAGAAGGCCAACAUCUCCAACGACUACUUCAUACGCACGACCGACCCUGACCACCGAGAGGCCGUAGAGUACUUCUGGCGCCGGCUCUACGACAAUGGCUUCAUAUACGAGACCAAGCAUGAAGGCUGGUACUGCGUGAGCGACGAAACGUUCUACCCCGAGAAUAUGGUCACGAAGCAGGUCCACCCACACACGGGAAAGACCUUCAUGGCGUCGAUCGAAACCGGAAAUGUGGUGGAAUGGAUAGAGGAGAAGAACUACCACUUCCGUAUGACGGCUCUCAAAGAUAGGCUCUUGGAGUUCUACAAGGAAAACCCGAAAUGGGUCUUCCCUGCCAGUCGAAUGCGCGAAGUCGUGGACUGGGUGGAGAACAACCUGGAAGAUCUCUCUGUAUCGCGCCCCUUCACUCGUCUCCAAUGGGGCAUACCAGUGCCAGACGACCCGGGCCAGACAAUCUAUGUCUGGGUAGAUGCCUUGAUCAACUAUCUCACAUUUGCUGGAUAUCCCAACUGGACUCCAGGCUCAGAGCAUGCUGGUGGCUGGCCGGCCGACGUUCAUGUCGUCGGGAAGGACAUAGUCCGUUUCCACUGCGUCUACUGGCCCGCACUUCUUAUGGCCCUCGAUCUCCCGCUGCCGAAGCGGGUUCUCAGCCAUGGUCAUUGGCUGAUGGACCAGAAGAAGAUGUCCAAAUCGAUCGGCAACGUCGUGAACCCCUUCUUUGCCAUCGAUCGAUGGGGGGUGGACACCAUGCGAUACUUCCUGAUCCACAGUGCAGCAAUGGAGUUCGACUCAAACUACAACAAUGCGAUCAUCGUGGAAAGAUACAAAAAGGGCCUCCAAGGUGGCCUAGGAAACCUACUCAACAGAGUAACCCGCUCCAAGAAGUGGAGCGUGCGAGAGGCUAUCCAACAUGUACACCAAGUUGGUGCUCAGCCCUUCAAGGGAGACGUCUUGGAAAAUCCUCAGUUUGAGACGCUUGUAAGCGAACAGAAGAAGCAUAUUGAGUCACUGGCGGGCUUAGUAUCAGAGCACAUGGAUGCAGUCCAGCCUAGAACGGCUCUCCAUGAAAUCAUGGAGUUAAUCUUUGAGGGAAGCCGUUUCGUUACCUCUGUUGCACCUUGGGAUCUGGCCGGGAAGGGCGACGUCUACAAGCCACAGCUACACCAGGCCGUGUACACUGCAGCAGAAACAGUCCGCGUGGCUGGUAUCCUGCUCCAACCAUUUAUCCCAGAGAAGGCUGCGCAACUUCUAGACAGACUUGGAGUCGACCCAGCGUGUAGAACUUUCGAGUAUGCGAAGCUGAACGCCGACUCAAACUACGGCACUAGCCUUGUACCUCUUGCAAUUUCGACGCCCAAGGUGCUGCUGGUGCCCUACGAUGCCUACCAUGUCCCGAAGUACCACGCUUGGAUGGAGGACGCAGCAAUCCGCGAGGCCACGGCCUCGGACCGGCUGACGCUGGAGGAGGAGUUCGAGAACCAGGACUCCUGGCGCACCUCGGCCGACAAGCUGACCUUUAUCGUGUGCAAGCCGCUGCUCACCCCGCAGCCCGGCGCCCCGGUAGUCGCCGGCGAGGCCGACGGCGAGCCGCGCAUGGUGGGCGACAUCAACCUGUUCCUGACGCCCUGGGAGGACGAUGCGGAGGACGACGACGAGGGCGAAGGUGAUGAUGGCGACACAGCAAAGACAGCGCCAGCCGAGGUCGACCGCCCUGCGGCGGCUUACUGCGUUGGCGAGGUGGACAUCAUGAUCGCCGACGCCGCGGAUCGGGGCCGAGGCACAGGGAAAGCCGCCGUUUCGGCCUUCCUGUGGUUCAUCAAGCGCAACGCGGACGCCAUCCUGGCCGAGUACGCGGCGGACACGGGACAGGAGGGCAGCGGCCUGAGGAUGAAGGCGCUCGUGGCGCGCAUCAAGGCGACAAACGAGGGCAGUAUCGCGCUCUUCAAGGGGCUCGGCUUCGAGCAGCGCGGCAGCGUGAACUACUUUGGCGAGAUCGAGUUGGUUCGGAGGGAGUUCGAGGCCAAGGGUGGCAUCAAGGAGGUAGAGGGGUAUGAGGAGUUGCCAUUUGACAGGUCGAAACUCAAGAAGUAG